UUCACCUCUUGCCACAUCCUUUGCUGUACUGAGAGGCUGUCACUUUUGAGACACUCACAUUUCCUGCAUCUCUCAACAUCUCACGCAUCAAAAACUAUUAGCGAUCUGCUUCAGCCAUGGUGAGCUUCUGUCCUGUCUGCGGGAAGCCUGUUUAUUUUGGUGAGAAGAAGAGGUCAUUGGGACGGGAUUAUCAUCCGUUGUGUUUAAAAUGUCACAAAUGUAAAAGACUGCUAACAGCUGGCCAGCAUGCAGAGCACGAUGAGAAACCAUACUGUACUAACUGCUACAUGAGAGAUUUUGGACCUAGAGGUAACCGAAUACCUGUUAGGACGUUUAACACACCUGCUUAAUAAGAGAUGAAGUGUCAUCUUGAAAAAACACACCAGACCAUCUAGAGCUACAAACAAGAACUCAGCUAGGCCAUCUAGAUUUACCAACAACAUACCUACAGCAUCUGUUUUUCAUUGCCACACAAGGCAAAUAAUUCUAUACUGCCUAGUUAAUCUCUACUUGCCACAGAUUGAACUCACCCCCCUAAUUUUCCAUUCAUCAUAAACUAGUGGAAUUUGCCAAAACCUUUCUACCAAAGACAUCCACAGUGACAUUCUCUCAGGAAACUGAGCUAUUUUUAUGUGUUCAUUCCAAAGCUGUAACCACAUUGGGGAAAUGUCCCUCCAAAAUAUCCACAAUAAUGGUCAAUCAAUAUCGGUUUUUCAAUGAAUAAUUCUAAACUAUUACAGUUGGUCCCCCUCUUGAGUAUUUGUUUACGCCUGUGGUUUAAUCUUUUCUACUUUUGUGAUGCAUUUAGAGUUAUGCCACUUAAUUAGUUGUUGUACAUUAAUGUUUAAUCCAAUUGUAUCUUCCCCGUAGUAUCCUUUUCCUGGCCUUUAGAAUGGGAGAUGUAAAAAUGACAGAUCAUAGAUUAAAACUAAUUUUGCUAUGAACAUACAAGCAGGUGGCUCUUAGAUACAAACAUAUAUUUUUUAUUUAUAAAUGCAUUGUGAAGAAAAUGUUUACCAAAAAUGUAUUGAUUUACUUGAAACACAAUGUAAUUUUUGUGCUCUAUCAUUGUUUUUUGGGGGGGAUUUUGGGGAUCAGACACUGUACAACAAAGGGUUACUUUUAAAAAGGAAGCAAAUGUAUCUACAAAGGAAAAAUGACAAUAAUUAAUCAUUGUGUCUUUUUAAUUAGGAGCAGACGCUUGCUUCCCAAACCUCUUACUGCAUAAGCGAUGGCUGUAUCAUUUCUGUAUGUUCAGGAAUAAUGUGUAUUUAAUUUUAAGAUUUUAUCUUUUUUAUUUUUCCAUUAGUUCAUUAUACAGCGUCGCUCAUUUAAUUCAGAGAGCUGCCAGCUAGCAUACUGUCAAAUCGUUCAAAUAAAAAACUAAAAUACCAUGUAUUUUAUCCUCAAGACCAUAAAGAAAACGUUGUAAAAUUAAAAUGCAUUUUAAAAUUAA